AUGUCCUCCUCCGACCCACGAAGGGCCGAUCCGCGACUGCGUCAUCGUACUCUCGGCCGAAAUCCUCCCCCAGCAGGAGCGGCAACUCCUCCCGCACCACUCGGGCCCUACACCCCACCUGAAGCACCACCUCAGCACCUGGCUACACCACCCCCUUCUUCGCUCCCUUCCGCACCCGCUGCACCCCCUGCACCCCCUGCACCCCUCGCAGGACUUGUUCCCUCUCCUGCACCACUAGCAGCAGCAACAGCGAAUGCCUCCCGCUCGACAACCCCUCCUCCACCUCCACCACCCCCAACGGAGAAACCCUUUGAACGACCCACCACGUCCAGCUUGGGCGAUCCCUUCCCUCCUUCGACCAAGGACACCAAGAAUGGCCAUCGGUUGACGUUCUGCGUCGUGUGCGCGAGCAAUCAGAACAGGUCCAUGGAGGGGCAUAACGUGCUCUCGUUCGUACCUUGAGCCUCUGAUUCGCAGAAAAACAAACCUUCGCAUACUGACCCCUCGAGUUCCGCAAUGUGCCUCUCCAGAAAAGCCAACUUCAACGUCAUCUCCGCCGGCACAGGCUCGGCCGUGCGCCUGCCCGGACCAGCGAUCGACCGCCCCAACAUUUACACCUUUGGCACCCCUUACGAGCACAUGUACCAAGACCUCAAAGCCCAAGACGAGCGACUGUGAGCCUCCUCCUCACUCGACUCUUUCCUGCUGCUUCCCUCGCUUGAUCUCAUGUCCCAUGCCUCUCGUGCAGCUACACCGCCAAUGGCCUCUUGAACAUGCUCGACCGCAAUCGAAGGAUCAAGACCGCGCCGGAGAGGUGGCAAGAAUCACAAAAAGUCGCCGACGUCGUCAUCACCUGCGAGGAGAGGUGUUAUGAUGCCGUUUGUGAUGGUCAGUCUCGCACACCUCACUUUGGCUGGAGAUACCAGAAUGAGAAAGCUGACUGAAAGCGAUCGCUCCAUACAGAUCUCCUGACUAGGGGAGGCGAGAUGAACCGCCCGGUGCAUAUCAUCAAUAUCGAGAUCAAAGACAACCACGAAGAAGCACACAUUGCAGGGAAGGCGAUGCUUGAUCUAUGCUCGAGUGUGAGUUACAUCGUAUAUGCCUUCACAUCAUCUUCGAAGCGCCGUCGCUGACUGGCUCAUUCGGCGUCCUCCGGUUCUGCAGAUUGAGGCGGCUAAAGACCUGGACGAAGAGAUGAAUUCGAUCAUCGAAAAGCACAUGGCUAAACAUCCCCAUCAGCUAUUACAUACUGUGUUGUAUUAUUAA